AUGACUCCGAAAAUCUUAGAGAUCAUUGAGCUUCCACCCGUUGAUAUCUCCGAACUUGUCAGCCCUGAUGCAACUGUUGUUACAAGGAUUUGUGUUAUCAUGCGUGAAAUCAAACCAGCCCUCAGGUCUGCUAUAUCUAUUUUAUCAUUUCGUCCUGCAGCCAUGAUUGCUGACCUAUUUGGAACUGAAGCUAUGGUGGUUGCUGAUGAAUUAGAAAUACCUAAGUACGUGUACGUUCCUUCAAAUGCAUGGUUCCUAGCACUUCAAAUAUAUACGCCGCAGCUAGAUAAGAUUGUGGAAGGAGAAUAUGUUGAUCAAAAAGAGCCACUUAAAAUUCCUGGGUGUAGACCGAUACGACCGGAAGAUUUGGUUGACCCCAUGUUGGACCGGACCAACCAACAGUAUUUCGAGAACUUACGCAUAGGGGUUCAGAUGCCGAUGUGCAAUGGGAUUUUGUUGAAUACUUGGCAAGAUCUGCAACCCUCAGCACUAGAAGCAUUGAGAGAUGAAGAGCUCUUGGGCCGGAUUGUUAAGGUUCCGGUUUACCCUAUCGGACCAUUAAUAAGACAAACCAAACCUCUUGGUACGAAUAGCGAGUUGUUUAUUUGGUUAGACAAGCAACCUCGUGAAUCUGUGAUAUAUGUCUCAUUUGGAAGUGGUGGAACUUUGUCCUUAGAACAAAUGGCCGAGCUAGCUUUUGGCCUUGAGCUAAGCCAGCAGAACUUCAUUUGGGUGGUACGUCCGCCUACCCUAAAAACAGGAGACGGAUCUUUUUUCAAUGCAGGAACUGGAGAAGAUAAUGGCACUCUAAGGUAUUUACCGGAAGAGCAACGAAUGAAUGCUACGAUGUUAACUGAGGAGCUUGGCGUCGCUGUUCGAUCAAAGACCUUGCCUUCUAAAGGAGUGGUUGCAAGGGAAGAAAUAGAGAUGUUGAUUAGAAGAAUUAUGGUGGACAAAGAAGGAACAGAGAUACGGACUAGAGCCAAGGAACUCAAAUAUGGUGCUGAAAAUGCCUUAGUUCAGGGUGGUAGUUCUAUGAAUGCUUUGUCUACAGUGGCUAAAGAGUGCGAGAUAAGCUCGAAACGCCAGAAAAUGACUGCAUGGUAA